AUGGGGAUCGUGCAAUUUCCGCCGGAGUGCAUGAAAGUCUCCCCAAAUGCGGAUCAAUCCAAGUAUUGCAGAUUCCAUAGGCAGGUAGGCCAUGAUACUGAUGAAUGCAACGUGUUAAAAUGCCAGAUUGAGGAACUCAUCCAGAGGGGAUAUUUCAGACAGUUCGUCAAACAGUCAGGCCAGCAAAAGUCAGGCCAGCAACAACCUCCGCGCAAUCUACCAAAAAACGUUUGGAAAAAGGAUGACAGCUCCGAGCCAUCAUCCUCGAGUGGUGGAGACACACAAGCAGAUAGGAAAAAAUGGAGUCGCCAGUUAUAUGUAGGUGAGGUGGUCAGCCUUCCAAGGGGAAAAAAGCAGAGGAGGGAAGCCAUUACCUUCUCUGAUGAUGAUCUCCCAGAAGGUCCACUGCCCGACCGAGACGAGUUGGUAAUCAAGAUGGAGAUCAACGACAGCAUUGUGCAUCGCAUACUCGUAGACAACGGAAGCUCAGUCAACGUGAUGUACUACGACGCUUUCACCAAACUAGGACUGCCCAGAAAUCAGCUCAAAGAGGUACGGACUCCACUUUCUGGUUUUACUGGAGAUUCAAUAGAGACAGAGGGAUCCGUAGUACUACCAGUGGAGAUAGGCGCGAGCCCCAACACCUCCAAGAUAAACAUGGAGUUCAUUGUGGUGAAACUCAUAUGUGCCCAUAACAUCAUACUAGGGAGGCCAGCUUUGGAGGAUCUGAAGGCGAUAAUUUUGAUGGAGCACCGUGCAUGA